AAUGUCCAUUUGGUAUAUUCCGCGUCUCUUUUAGAACAUGUUGGUUUCCUUCAAAAUUAUUAAUGAAAUACAAAAUAUGACAUAUGUGUGGCAUUUAUUCUUAUGUUAACUCAGUAAAUGAGCAAAAGUCUCGAUCAUAAAAUAUCAUUAACAAGUCAGGUGGGGUAAACGUCGACAACAUUUAGACACAGACAGAAACCAAAACACACCAACCAUGUUGGUUAUUCUUGUAUUAAUUACAAAAUAUUUUGUAGGUAAAAAGAAUCAGAAAAGGUCAUUGUGUUAUCAAUGAAGAAUACAUGGAUUUAAUUCCAACAGAUGAAAUACUAGAUAAACUGGCACAAGUAAUAGGUGUAGUAUCCUUCCAACUGGGUUUAGAAUUAGGAUUACCUAUAACAUCAAAAGAUAUUAUACAGUAUAACAAUGGUCGGGAUUUAGUGGCACAAUGUAAAGAUAUAUUAUUUCAAUGGAGAGAAGAACAAAGAGUCCGGCCAACUAUACGUGUUCUGGUCCAAGCUCUUGUAAAUGUUGAUAGAGGUGCUAAAUGUUUGGAGGAAAUCAUUAAAACAGUUGGUGUGAAGAAAUACACCCUACACGAGGAAGUUGACGAGAAGAAGGAAGGAAAAAUUAAAACACUCCUGAAAAACCUGAAUCCUUUCCAGAAGAAGAAAUAAGAUCGAUGUUACAGUUAGUAUUUUUUAUUGUAACCAAGUUUUUAUACCAUCUAGGCUGUGUGUUAAUUUUGGGUAACAGUUUGUUAUAGUGCCUGGUGUGGGUUUCAUGUUAUUAAUAGCAAAUUAUUUAAAAACAAGAGCAAAAAACAAACUCCAAACAAAUACAACUUGGAAAUAUCUAAACAAAAUGUUGAUGACUCUAUUACAUUGUAACUAGUGAUUCAAAGAGUAUAUCCAUGCAAUCUUGUCUUAAUAUACAAUCCCUUUAAUAUACCUUUAAC